UGUAAUUAAGAUGCACAACAUAAUUUAACUAUUAAGCCAUCUUUGGUUGUACUAAAAUCCCCGCCCCCACCCCAUCUCAUUAAUAAAUUUUCGAUAUUAUAGAUUCUCCCAACAUGUCCCUUAUAUUUUUAGAGGAUUUUUGUUCUUGUUUUCUUAGUACAAAUUGUGUAUUGUUAUAGUUGUACUUAUAUAAUGCAAUCUCAUUUAACUUCAUGCACAUGGCCUCACUACCUGUGCUUUAUCAACUUCCCACUAUCCAUACAUGCUACCCUUUUGAAGGGCUUCAUAACUGUUAAUAACCCUCUAAUCAUGCAGUAUCAGUGCUUAUUAGUAGCUAAUUACCUUGUUAUGUUUGUUGUUAUUGUUAAAUAUCCUUUACACCUUGAUUAUUUCUAUUACUGUUAUUCUUAAUCCAUGCAGAUGGUUUCUUAUUAAUUUCAUAUAUAUUGUCCACAAGUUUACUAAAUUGUCAUUUGUGCUUGAUAACGAUAAGAGGAUACUUGUCGAAACGUCGUGCUUUUAGAAUAAACUAGUGAUUGUAUCCCAUAAAAACUGUGUUCUGUUAAUUUGUUCCCUGAUCGCUAAAUGCCACUUAAAGAAUAUGUUCAACGUCAAUAUGGGGAUGUGGCAACUAAGUGUGUUCGCCAGAUUAGUAAACUUGAAGAUAAAUAUAUAAGAGUGUGUAAUAACUUAACCUUUCUCAUGAGAUGUAGAGACAGUGAAAUUGUGCCACAUGGAUUAAAACUUAAGGGUCCAGUUAACUCCAAUGCUGCAAAUAAGAUCUUACUUCAAGCUAGUAAAUCCCUAGUACGUGAACGCAUUCAACAUCACCGGAAUACUAAGCACCGACUUCUGCAAGAUAUUGGAGCAUCACAUCUGACACUUAAUCAUCUAGUUACUACAGAGGAUUUUAAUUCCAUCCGCAAGGCUCAGACUUCCACCAACCAAGCCAGCGAAGAAAGAAUUAAACACCGACACCUCAAAAAGUUUGAACAACUAAAGAAAGAUAAUGUAACAACCAAGAAAACAGAUACAACUAUGCUAAAGACUGACUUCCUUACUAAAACAGUUGUCAACCUCAGCAGCAAAGAUCUAACCAAUGACCAAAUCAGUUUACUUUCUAAGGGCCUGAAGUUUGCCCCAUCCUGGACACCAAGAAAUCAUGAUGUUUUUAUCGCCAACAUUGAGAAAGGUCUAUGCCAACUAGCACCAGGGGGAAAAGUUGAUUUCCUUCGCCACCAGAUAGCCAACCUAAUUAUUAAAUCCACCACAAAGAAGAACUCCCACAACAUUACCAAAGGUGAGACCAAAGCUAUACAAGAACUAAAAAACGACAAGUCUAUAACGAUAAUACCAGCCGACAAAGGUAAAUCAACUGUGGUCAUGAACACCGACGAAUACAAUUCAACCGUCAACCAACUGCUCAAUGAUGCCACAACCUACAGAAAAAUCAGGAAAAAUCCAACAACAACAUUAGAAAAACAACUAAAUGAUAAGCUUAAAGAAUUAUGUGACUCCCAACAACUAACCAAAGAUCUUUCUUACCAGUUAAAACCAAACCACCCACGUCCUCCUUACGCCCGAGCCACCAUCAAGACCCACAAAAACCCGAUCAAGGCCAGGUUAUUAGUCUGUUCAAGAGAUUCAGUUUUUUACAACGUUGCUAAACACAUGUCUAAGCUACUUGCUCCAUUAGGAACUUCAUCUACGUCCUUCAUCAAAGACUCUGGUGGUUUUUGCAACACUAUUAGAGACCUAAACCGCCCUGGGAAGAUUGUGUCGUACGAUGUGGUUGAUCUUUUUACCAACGUUCCUCGUCAAGAAGCUAUUGAAGUCCUCCGCACUCGAUUAAAUGAAUUAGAAGCACCCCUAGAAACUAAGUUGUCAACCGAUAGUAUCCUUGAUUUAGUUACUAUGUGCCUUGAUUCGACAUUCUUCACCUGGGGUGACGACAUAUACAAGCAAGUCAACGGUUUGCCCAUGGGUAGUCCCCUAUCACCCUUAAUCUCUGAAAUCUUCAUGACUGAAUUUGAAAACUGUGCCCUAAGAACCUCUCCCAUCACUCCAAUCAUUUGGCUUCGCAAGGUCGAUGAUACGUUUGUUGUGCUUGAUGAAAAUGAUGAACCUAUGUCCCUGCUUGAACACCUGAACAAACAGCAUCCUAGAAUUAAAUUCACUAUCGAAACAGAAAAAGAAAAUACCCUACCAUUCUUAGAUGUACAAGUUAUAAAAGUCAAUAAUCAAAUGAAAACUAAAAUAUACCGCAAACCGACCCACACAGACCAAUAUAUCAAUUACAACUCCAGUCAUCCCCAUUAUAUCAAAAGAGCCCUUAUUUCCACCCUAGCACGCAGAGCAAUCAACAUUUGUGAACCCGAAUUCCUGCAGAAUGAAUUGGACCAUUUACGCCACGUGUUUUGUAACCUGAAUAAUUAUCCCCCGUUACUAGUGAAAAAGCAGAUCAAUGAAACUAUCAAAACCACCAGUAAAGAUUAUCAAAAACCUGAAAAAUCACCCAUCAGAAUAACCUUGCCCUUUUAUGGUAAUUUAACAUACAGAGUGAGCAACCUACUAAAGAAAUCAAACAUUGACACCACAUUUUCGGUCCCGACCACCCUGAAACAGAUAUUGAAAGCCAACGGCAAGUUGCAACCAAUUCUCCCCACCCAACCCAAAGGAGUCGUCUAUCAAGUGGUUUGUUCCUGCAAGGCUACAUAUAUCGAGGAAACGAAACGACCCAUUGACAAAAGGAUAACGGAACAUAAGUCCAAAGCCGCUACUAAUAACUCAGCCAUAGCGGAACAUCUCCAGAAUCACCCACAACACAGAGUUAAAUGGAAUGAGGUCCAGAUACUAACCGCCAACCAACAGAACAAGAAAACCAGGAAGAUCCUAGAAGCUAUAAAUAUCAGA